AUUGGUAAUUUGUGUGUUUUUAGGCUCAGCUUGCCAAUCGGAAACAAAAAUUAGAGUCUGUGGAACUGUCCAGCCAGUCGGAAAUUCAGCACCUGAGCAGUAAACUGGAGCGGGCCAAUGAUACUAUCUGUGCCAAUGAGUUGGAAAUAGAGCGCCUCACCAUGAGAGUCAAUGACUUGGUUGGAACCAACAUGACUAUUAUGCAAGAGCAGCGACAGAAAGAAGAAAAAUUGAGGGAAUCUGAAAAACUGCUAGAGGUUCUGCAAGAAGAAAAGAGAGAAUUGAAGGCAGCUCUUCAGACUCAAGAAAAUUUUAUCCAUGAUGCAAGAAUACAAAAGGAGAAGCUACAAGCAAAAUUAAAGGCAGUUGACACUCAACACACAGUAGAGACCAUAAGAUCACUGGAGGAACCUCUGGCAGAAAGGAGGUAUGCCUCUCAAGGGCAUGGGGACUUACAGAACGUGCUCUGCCAACUGGAUUUUACCCACACUAGUGAAGAGCUUCUUCAGGCAGAGGUGACGCGUCUGGAAGGCAGCUUAGAAUCUGUGAGUGCAACAUGUAAACAGCUGAGUCAAGAGCUUAUGGAAAAAUAUGGAGAGCUAAAGAAGAUGGAAGCGCACAACAAUGAGUACAGGGCUGAGAUCAAGCAGUUGAAAGAACAGAUUUUACAGGCUGAACAGAGUUACAGUUCUGUACUAGAAGGAAUGAAGAUGGAGAUCUCCCAGCUAACUCGAGAGUUACAUCAGCGAGAUAUCACUAUUGCUUCCACCAAAAGUUCUUCCUCUGACAUGGAAAAGCGACUCAAAGUGGAGCUACAAAAGGCAGAAGCAAAAGCAGUAGAGCAUAAGGAGAUGUUGGGUCAGCUGGAAUCACUCAAAUUAGAAAAUCGUCAUCUUUCUGAAAUGGUGAUGAAAUUGGAAUUGGGUUUACAUGAGGCAAAAGAGAUUUCACUAGCAGACCUCCAGGAAAAUUAUAUUGAGGCAUUAAAUAAAUUAGUAUUUGAAAAUCAACAACUACAGAAAGAUUUGAUGGAUACAAAAGGUCAGCUGGAGAUUUCUACUCAAAUAUGCAAAAAAAACCGGGACAGGAUCUUUAAACCAACACACAGCAGAGUACCUGAGUUCAAGAAUACAGAGUUCAAGCCAGCCCAUGGCCAGCACAGGCAUGAUGGGAUGAAGGCUGAGCCCUACAAAGCAGGUCUUCAUUCUCCGCAAGGACAAGCAUCGGAUAGCAUAGAGCCUGUGUCCCUGUCCCGGGGCUUCAGCCCCCAGAGCCAUCAGAUUAGCUCUUGCUGCUCCACUGUCUCUCUGCCGUCAAACUUUCUGUGCAAAACUCACUCUCUUCCUUCAGUGCUAGAUACAAAUGAAACCAACUUUUCUGACACUAUCUCUGAGAGCAUAAAUGACCCAGAAGACUUUACAUCUUCGUGUCCCUUGCCUCUGUCUCCUCUUGGUUCAAUAGCCACAAGAUUUUUGGAAGAGGAAGAACUGAGGUCUCAUCACAUUCUAGAGCGCCUUGAUGCCCAUAUUGAAGAACUAAAGCGAGAAAGUGAAAAGACAGUGAAACAAUUCACAGUCCUGAAGUAGCCUCUUAAAAAUCACAAACUUGGAAAUAAAAAUAAACACUGAAGAGUUACUGUCAUCCUGAAGUAGCAGCUCUUUGAAAGCCUGAACAUACGACUAUAUAGAAGCCAUAAAAAUGAGAUGUACUAAAGCUGCUGUGAGGAAUCUGAGAAGCUGAUACUUAGCUCUAACGUGUUUUCUCUGCACUGUCUUGUUUAAAGGACUUUUUCCAGCAAUAACAUGUAAAUAAACCACUUUGCUAGACUUUUUUCUCAUAUUAAUAUUUAUUAUCGUAAAGUAAUACUUUCUCUUGCUGACUUAAAUGUAAUAGCUGAAGACUAAUUAAAUAUUUUAUGAUACAUGUUGGAAAUAAAGUAACUGUAGGAACUUC